CCACAAGCUCAAGGUUCUACACAGCUGUGGAACGCGGCAGAACAGGUGACAUAGCUUGUAGCCGGGUUCUUGGUAGCAUAUGCCCUGAGCUUGAAGCUUCGGCGGUACCAGCGCAUAAGAUUCCACAAUUCGCUCUCUGGAUGCAAGGACGCGCUCUACGUACCGCAUCAAUGCUCUGGCUUUCCUCGCCUUUAUUAAUCGGAGAAGCUGCACGUGCCCAUGACUGUCAUAGCGGGAAGCGGAGAAGCCAACUCCACAGAGCUUACUCCUGAAUAUCGAAUAUUCGUCUGUGCUCUGCCCUACUAAGCGAUAGAUGGUGUCAUUCCCAAACCUUUCUGGUCUUCGCUCGCACGAGGAAUUCUCGGCGGACGCGGCAGAAAAAAUGCGCCUCGCGAUUUCGCACACACCGUCUCGAUAUCCGCAGCAGGGUUAAAUUGACAAGCGGCAAAAGCAGAUGGCGACCAGCUUUACCUAGUGGCUGAAAGCCGAAGCUUUCUGGCCUUUGCAGCGCAGAUGGACUCAGCUUUGGCCGUGGAUCGUCCCCGUCAACCUCUUCCUCUCGCGUACAACUUUGUCCCACAGCUCGCCCUCGCGUGCAUCAUUGCACUCCGCCCUCGUUUCAUUUGGCGAUUUCUUGCAUGGCUCUCCAUUACUACCAUCCUGCUACGUGCCGUCCGCUUCGACAUCGGCACCAAGUCCUUCAACUACCUCACGGGCGGAACGUUUGGUGCGAUGUCGUUCCAUGCGCUUGUCCUGCUCUUACUCUCGGAUCCCGCGGCCCAAUGGCGGCACGAGACGCAUAGUACCGCUGUGUCGGGUAUGCCUCUGCUGCAGCGUGUCUAUAAUUGUGCGUGCAUCCUUGUGAACCUCAGGGGAAUUGGGUGGAACCAACAGAUCGAACAUGUCCCUUUGCGUCCCAAACACAGUCGCUUCUGCUUCGUUAUUAGCCGAGCCUUUCGAACGCUUUGUCACGUCCUCCUUGCGGACCUUGCACAGACGUGCAUCGAGUUCAACCCGGUAUUCUCGUUACCCGCAGACCGCUUCGUUUCGUUGCGCUCUCAAGGGCCGCUGUUCACCAUGUUAAGCGUCGCCGCUUACAUGACGCGGGCCUACUGCAUGCUGAACAUUCCGUACGACCUAUUCGCACUCGUUUCAGUCGCUUGUCGCAUCUCUGAACCCAUGUAUUGGCCGGUUGUGUUCGGCCAGUGGCGCGAUGCAUACACAGUCAGGCGAUUCUGGGGGAGAGUCUGGCAUCAACAAUUGCGUCGCGUUACGUCGGGAGUUGGCCGGUACGCUGCGCGCACGCUUGGUUGUGCCCCGGGGACUUGGUCAUCUUCCCGCGUUCAGCUCUUCGUCGGUUUCGCUGUUUCUGGAUUGUCGCACAUUCCCGGAGACACGAUGGUCGAUCCGAAGUGGACCGGCUGCUCCUUCUGGUUCUUCCCAGCUCAAGCCGCAGCUAUUACGAUAGAAGACUUCGUUGUUGCUCUCGGAAAGCGUCUGGGGCUUCGAGAUUCGCCCUGGGUACGACUCAUAGGUUACAUUUGGACCGUUUUUUGGUUCUCAUAUUCUGUACCGACAUUCAUUGACUGGGCGGUGCAGGCAGGUCUUGGCAGAGAUAAGCUGACGGAAAGAUCUCUCUCGGUCGUACGGCCGAUCGCUGAUGGUCUGUCCGACGCGACUGGCUUCGACAUUGCACAUCGGGUGGCAUCCCAGUGCAGCGUUACGACUGCCAAUUGAGCUCUCCUGCAUGCUUGCGACGGAAAUCCUCG